UGAGGUCAGAGUGACAGGUCGUCCCCGUGGAGAGGUUACAGAGGGUAAAACGUUAAUCUUUCCCGGAGCAGGAGAAGGCACAGCAGGGGGUUAGAAGACGCCGUGUUUGCCGUAUCCCUCUCAUCAUGCGACCCCGGAGCUGUCCACCGCCGUCUGCCUCCCAGCUCAUUGUUUGCUCGGCCAAUACAUUAGUGGCGACGCGCGUCACCUUGAUCGACGAGCGCCUGGAAUUUAAAUAGCCACUCAAACGCCAAUCUAUCACUGGCUAAAGGGAUAAGGACAAGUACCUCACUGGCUGACCCAGGCCCACGUGACAGCACCCGUUCAUUGAUAUCGGCCGGUGCGCCCCCAUCCCUCCUCUGAUAAGAACAGAGUAUAGGUGAAGGUUGGCACGGUCACUCAGGGUAACAGGGCAGAGGACCAGAUCAGAGGGUGUCUGUAGAAGCGGACCGUCCCUCGGACCCGGUUGAACAAUGCUACAAUGAGCAGCUUCUUAGACUACUCUGUGAUGAGCGGUGAGGGUGGCUCAUGCUCUGUCAGGGCUUUUCACUCGGACCACGGGAUUACAACUUUCCAGUCUUGUGCGGUUACUGUCAACAACUGCGGGGCGGAUGACCGCUUCAUGGCGAGCAGGGCUUCCCCCGAUGGCCUCCCUCACCAACCGGGGUCAUACCAAUCUAGUUCGAGCUCACUGGGACUCGCCUAUGGGGCCCAUCCGGCCUGCAGCUCCAGUUAUGGACCCCAGAGUUUCUGUACUACGUAUAACCAUUACGCGCUCAACCAGGAAGUAGACUCCACAGCGGGAUUCCCACAGUGUGGCCCGCUGAUGUACUCGGGUAACAUUUCCUCAUCCAUGGUCUCUCAGCAUCGCCAAGGUUACAGCGCCGCCCCCCUUGGUCAACUCCAGUACGCCCACUCUGCCUAUGGCGGCGGGCACGAGCGAGUAACUUCUUUCCCCGGGUGUCCAAACCCGCUCUCACCUCUGCAUGCAGCUCAUCUGGAGGCUUGUUGUUCACCUCUGUCAGAGAGCACAUCUUCCGCACAGACUUUCGACUGGAUGAAAGUCAAGAGGAACCCACCAAAAACAGGCAGAUCUGGAGAGUAUGGCUAUGGGGGUCAGCCGAACACGGUCCGGACCAACUUCACCACCAAGCAGCUGACAGAGCUGGAAAAGGAGUUCCAUUUCAACAAGUACCUGACUCGUGCUCGGCGCGUUGAGAUCGCGGCAGCGCUGCAGCUGAAUGAGACUCAAGUGAAAAUCUGGUUCCAGAACCGGAGGAUGAAACAGAAGAAGAGGGAGAAAGAAGGGCUGCUGCCGACCAAAGCUCCAUCCUCAGAUCCUGGAGAGAGGAUUCAAGAAAAACUGGAUGAUGCAGAAUCAGAGAAGUCCAUCUCAGCUCCAUCUACCCCGUCUCCCCCAUCCUCCACGGUGUCUUCCACAGGGGCUGAUCCUUACCCCUCUAACUAAGAAUUCACUGCCUCUGUACCUCUUUGGGCCAUAGGCGGCCUGUAUAUAUCAAAGCUCAUACCCAGUGUAUCAAA